AUGGUGCAAAAUUUUCUUAAGAGACAUAAUAUGUUGGCUUCAAAACAAUGCUAUUAUUUUGCGAUCACUCAAUGGUCUUAUUCAACGCAUAUAACACAAGAAAAUAGGGAUCAACUCCUCAAUGCAAGUCAAGUAUUUAAUGAAUUUAAAAGACAACAAUCUAUUGAAGCAAAAAGCUUUGAUUGGACUAACAUUGAUGACUAUACUCGCAGACAGUUAGAAAAAGUAUCAGUUAUUGGAACCGCUAUAUUGAAGGGUCAAACAGCACUUAAGUUAAAUGAAAUGCAAACAAUUUAUAGUACAGCUAACGUGUGUAUUCAAAAUAAAUGUGGAUUAGAAUUGGAGCCAGAUUUAGUACAAAUAAUGGCCACUUCUGACAAUAAUUCAGAGCUAUUAGAGGCGUGGGUUAAGUGGAGAGAAGUUUCGGGUAAACAAAUGAGAGACAAAUUUAUAACAUAUUAUAGUUUGGGUAAUAAAGCGGCAAAACUUAAUGAACUACCAAAUCAAAAGUUUGAAACAUUAGCUGAUCUCUGGUUAUUUCAAUGGGAAACGCCUGAUAUUAAAGAACAGAUACACAAACUAUUGUUACAAUUAAUGCCAUUUUAUUGCAAACUUCACGCAUACGUUAGAAUCAAAUUAAAUGAAUCAAUGGCCGGGAAAUUGUCAAAUGACCUGACAAUUCCCGCACAUUUGUUGGGCAAUAUGUGGGCUCAACAAUGGACUCAUACAAUGAAAACAGUUAAAGGCGUUGAUCCUUAUCCUCAAAUCCAAACAAUCGAUGUGACCAUUGCUCUCAAAAGACAAAAUUACACUUCAAGGCAAAUGUUUGAUCUUUCAAAUCAAUUCCUCUAUAAUCUAGGAUUAUAUCCAAUGACUGACAAGUUUUGGAAAAAUUCAGUUUUUGAAAAACCAAAAAAUAGAUCACAAAUGGUUUGUCACGCGUCUGCCUGGGAUUUCUAUAACACAGAUGACUUCAGAAUCAAACAGUGCACUCAAACAGAUAUGGAUAACUUUGUGAAAAUACAUCACGAAAUGGGUCACAUCCAGUACUUUAUGUUAUAUAGUCAUCAGCCUAUAGUCUUUCGUGAAGCCGCUAAUCCCGGUUUUCACGAAGCAAUUGGUGAUGUUUUGGCUCUCUCUAUGGCUUUGGAUAAAAUACCACUUUUGCCAUUUGCUUAUAUUAUGGAUAAAUAUCGUUGGGAUGUCUUUUCAGGAAAGAUCCCAAAUAAUUACCUCAAUAAAUAUUGGUGGCAAUUAAGGGGACAAUAUCAGGGUAUAUCACCACCUGUUAGAAGAAGUGAACGUCACUUCGAUGCCGGAGCUAAAUAUCACAUCGCAAAUGGUGUCGAGUAUAUUAGAUAUUUUGUAUCAAUUAUACUUCAAUUUCAAAUACAUAAAGCCCUCUGCAGUUUUGGUCAAAAAGAUGUUCCGCUCUAUGAAUGUGAUAUCGAUGGCGACAAAGAGGCCGGAAAUAAGUUGAAACAAGUGUUAACUUUGGGAUCUUCAGUUAAAUGGCCAAAACAACUACAAAUGUUAACCGGAAAUCAACGAAUAGAUAUUAAACCAAUGCUCGACUAUUUUAAACCUUUACAGCAAUUUUUAGACAAACAAUUAGCCGGACAUCAUAUUGGAUGGAAUUUUAACGUUAACGACUACUUUGAAUGAAACGAUGAA